UGGCUUGUUGGCCGAGGCCCCCAAUGAAAAGCUCUUCUUCGUGGACACUGGAUCCAAGAAAAAAGAACCAAACAAGAGGACCUGGGUCCAGAAGAAGUCUCAGCGUCUCCAGAAACCCCUUCGGGUUGACCUUGCCCUUGAGAAUCCUUCUAAGGUCCCUGCUCCCAAAGACAUCCUCGCACACCAGGUCCCCAAUGCCAAGAAGCUCAGGCGAAAGGAGCAGCUAUGGGAGAAACUGGCGAAGCAGGGUGAGCUGCCCAGGGAGGUGCGCAAGGCACAGGCCCGGNGGGUGUCAGCUUCAGCAGUGUGGAGGACUGGAAGGGCCCCUGAGAAAGCCCGCUGCAGUUGCUCUCUUUUUCCCUCAGACCCUCUGGACAAGCCGUUGGCCGGUCAGGAUGCAUUUUUUCUGGAGCAGACCAAGAAGAAAGGAGUGAGGCGGCCACCACUCCUCCAUGUCAAGCCCUCCCAGGUGCCUGCAGUAGAGGUGACCCCUGCGGGAGCCUCCUACAACCCAACCUUUGAAGAUCACCAGGCCCUGCUUCUAAAGGCCCACGAGGUGGAGGUGCAGCGUGAGAAAGACUCAGAAAAGCUGGAGCGACAGCUGGCCCUGCCCACCGUAGAGCAAGCUGCCACCCAGGAGUCCAUGUUUCGGGAGAUGUGUGAGGGCCUGCUGGAUGUCGUCUGCCCUGUGUCCUGUAGGUACCAGGACCCUGACAUUGAUGUGCAGCUCAGCUCCGAGUUGUCUGACUCACUCAGGACCCUGAAGCCAGAAGGUAACAUACUCCGAGACAGGUUCAAGAGCUUCCAGAAGAGGAAUAUGAUCGAGCCCCGGGAACGAGCCAAGUUCAAGCGCAAGUACAAAGUGAAGAUGGUGGAGAAGCGCUCCUUCCGGGAGAUGCAGUGAGUGUGGCCGUCCGUGUGGCCGUCCGUGAGGCCGUCCGUGCGGCUGACCGCACCCUGUGAGCCGGGGUCUUAGGCCUGCUCACCCACAGCAGCCUGCCUUCCCUUUGAAAGCUGCCAGGCCCAGGGCCCUUCCCAAACCCUGUGAUUGGAAUCUAGAGGAGUGGAGAGGAAGCCCAGGGGGCUCAAGUCCCACACCAGAAGGGACAUCGAGUGCGCCCCUGCACUCAUCCACCUCAGCUCUGCCCUCUGUCCUGUCUCCUCAGGCUGUAGCUGUGCAGAGCUGGAGCCCCACCCCUCAAUAAAGUGCUGUGACCAGCCCUGG